AUAGGCACAAUUCGCAUACGAAUAGAAAGCAGUAAAGUAUAUGCUAGAUAUAAAUCGUAUGCUGAGGAAAUAGGAAAUAAGGACCAAUGAGAGAGAAAAAAUGAAUCGUAAAUGAAGCUCAGGUUCGAAUUCCAUGGAUAAUAUAAAUAAUAUCGUCUAUAAUGACAUACAAAUGAAAUACUUUUGAAAGAUUUCCUCGAAUUGAAAUUUCAAAAACGACUGGGUUAAACUUAAAAAUUCAAUCAUUGAGAUUGAAUAAGUAAACAAUUGAAUUGGUUGGGCGGUACCAAGAAAAUGGAGUAUUCACUUUAAUUUCUUAUUUAUUAUUGAAUUAACCGAUCAACUUUCUUUGUUAUCGAAGAUUUUUUUUUAUCUCCUAAUAAUUUAUUUUUCGAAAAAUGGGUAUAUAGAUUUAAAUAUGAUAAUAAAUACUACCACUUCUGAUCCCGAAGUUUCUGCUCUUGAAAAGAAUACGGGACGUAUCGCCCAAAUAAUUGGUCCGGUACUAGAUGUAAAUUUUCCCCCAGGGAAGAUGCCCAAUAUUUACAUUGCUCUAAUAGUUAAAGGUCGAGAUACUGUUGGUCAACAAAUUAACGUGACUUGUGAAGUACAGCAAUUAUUAGGAAAUAAUCGCGUUAGAGCUGUAGCUAUGAGAGCUACGGAUGGUCUAACGAGAGGAAUGGAAGUUAUUGACACAGGAGCUGCUCUAAGUGUUCCGGUGGGUGGAGUAACUCUAGGACGAAUUUUCAACGUACUUGGCGAGCCUAUUGAUAAUUUGGGUCUCGUAGAUACUCGUACAACAUCUCCUAUUCACAGAUUCGCGCCUGCCUUUAUACAGUUAGAUACAAAAUUAUCCAUUUUUGAAACAGGAAUUAAAGUAGUAGAUCUUUUAGCUCCUUAUCGCUGUGGAGGAAAAAUAGGACUUUUCGGUGGAGCUGGAGUGGGUAAAACAGUACUCAUUAUGGAAUUAAUCAAUAACAUUGCCAAAGCUCAUGGGGGUGUGUCCGUAUUUGGCGGAGUAGGUGAGCGUACUCGUGAGGGAAACGGUCUUUACAUGGAAAUGAAAGAAUCCGGAGUAAUUAAUGAAAAUAUUGCAGAAUCAAAAGUAGCUCUAGUCUACGGUCAAAUGAAUGAACCGCCUGGAGCUCGUAUGAGAGUUGGGUUAACUGCCCUAACUAUGGCGGAAUAUUUUCGAGAUGUGAAUGAACAAGACGUACUUCUAUUUAUCGACAAUAUCUUUCGUUUCGUCCAAGCAGGAUCCGAAGUAUCCGCUUUAUUAGGUCGAAUGCCUUCCGCUGUGGGUUAUCAACCUACCCUUAGUACCGAAAUGGGUUCUUUACAAGAAAGAAUUACUUCUACCAAAGAAGGGUCCAUAACUUCUAUUCAAGCAGUUUAUGUACCCGCAGAUGAUUUAACUGAUCCCGCCCCCGCCACGACAUUUGCACAUUUAGAUGCUACUACUGUACUAUCAAGAGGAUUAGCUGCCAAAGGUAUCUAUCCAGCAGUAGAUCCUUUAGAUUCAACGUCAACUAUGCUCCAACCCCGAAUCGUUGGUGAAGAACAUUACAAAACUGCGCAAAGAGUUAAACAAACUUUACAACGUUACAAAGAACUUCAGGAUAUUAUAGCUAUCCUUGGGUUGGAUGAAUUAUCUGAAGAGGACCGUUUGACCGUAGCAAGAGCACGAAAAAUUGAGCGUUUCUUAUCACAACCUUUUUUUGUAGCAAAAGUAUUUACCGGUUCAUCGGGGAAAUAUGUUGGUCUAGCAGAAACAAUUAGAGGGUUUAAAUUGAUUCUUUCUGGUGAAUUAGAUAGUCUUCCCGAACAAGCCUUUUAUUUGGUGGGUAAUAUCGAUGAAGCUACCGUGAAGGCUACGAAUUUAGAAAAGGAGAGAAAAUUGAAGAAAUGACUUUAAAUCUUUGUGUACUGACCCCAAAUCGAAUUGUUUGGGAUUCCGACGCGAAGGAAAUUAUUUUAUCUACAAAUAGUGGACAAGUUGGAAUAUUACCCAAUCACGCGCCUCUGGCUAUGGCUUUAGAUAUAGGUAUUUUGAUAAUACGCCUUAACGACCAAUGGUUAACUAUGGCUCUGAUGGGCGGUUUUGCUCGAAUAGGCAAUAAUGAAAUCACUGUUUUAGUAAAUGAUGCGGAAAAAGGAAGUGACAUUGAUCCACAAGAAGCACAGCAAACUCUUGAAAUAGCAUAAGCUAAUUUAAAGGAGGCUAAGGGCAAGAGACAAACAAUUGAGGAAAAUCUCGCUCUCAGACGAGCUAGAACACGAGUAAAGUCUAUCAAUAUGAUUUCAUAAUAAGUUGGUGCAGUCAAAUAAAAAAAAAGUAAAAAAAAAAAUGGAAUAAAACUGAAAUAGAAGAGUGGUUAAAUAUAGAAAAUUGUAGUAUAGGUUGAACUUA